GUCCACCCCUCCCCCUCCCCCUCCUCUUAUUGAGCUGAAUGAAUGAAAAGAGAGAGAGAGAGAGAGAGAGAGAGGUAGAGUCAUUGUGGCGUUCCUGCAAAGACUCUGCAGCAACACAUUCCUCUGAACCAGAUUUAUUCUGCCAGUUCAUACUGGUUCAACUGCACAAGGACCUGGACUCAGACACAGACACAAACCAGGACCAGAAUUCAGACACAGACCAGGACCAGGACCUGGACUCAGACAAAGUUUAAACCCAGUUAAAAUCAAGUUAGAGACAGUUGGAGUGCUGUUGUGUGCAGAGAUGAAGUUGCUGCUGUUGUUGCUGCUGAUGGAGCAAACUGCAGCUCAGCAAAGAGGUCUGUUUCCGGCCAUCUUGAAUCUGGCCAGUAACGCAGUGAUCAGCAGUAACGCCACCUGUGGAGAUCCAGAACCUGAGGUUUACUGUAAACUCGUUGAACACGUCCCAGGACGAAGAAUCAAGAACCCUCACUGUCCCAAAUGUGACGCCAACUCUGUCCUGUCCAAAGAACGCCAUCCGAUCACAAACGCCAUUGAUGGAACCAAUCAGUGGUGGCAGAGUCCAAGCAUCAAGAACGGACGACAGUUUCACUGGAUCACCAUCACACUGGACCUCAAACAGAUUUUUCAGGUCGCCUACAUCAUCAUCAAGUCAGCAAACUCUCCUCGCCCAGGUAACUGGAUCCUGGAGCGCUCUCUGGAUGGUGUGACCUUUGACCCCUGGCAGUUUUAUGCCAUCAGUGACUCGGAGUGUUUGACUCGUUACAACAUCACCCCGAGACUCGGACCUCCGACCUACAAGAGCGACACAGAGGUCAUCUGCACGUCGUACUACUCAAGACUGAACCCACUGGAGCACGGAGAGAUCCACACCUCUCUGAUCAACGGCCGACCCAGUGCUGACGAUUUGACCUCUGACCUCCUGAACUUCACGUCAGCUCGUUACAUCAGACUGAGGCUCCAGCGAAUCAGAACUCUGAACGCCGACCUGAUGACGCUGAGUGUCCGAGACCCUCGAGACAUCGACCCCAUCGUCACCCGGAGGUAUUAUUACUCCAUCAAAGACAUCUCUGUGGGUGGGAUGUGUAUCUGUUACGGACACGCUCAAAGCUGCCCGCUGGACCCCGUUACCAAGAAGCUGCAGUGUGUGUGUGAACACAAUACCUGUGGAGAGAACUGUAACGAAUGUUGCCCCGGAUACCACCAGCAGCCAUGGCAACCAGGAACGGUCUCCGAGGGAAACACCUGUGAGAAGUGUAACUGUCACAACAAAGCCGUUGACUGUUUCUUCAAUCAGACCGUCUCCAAACUCUCUUUGAGUUUAAACUCUCGCGGCGUUCGUCAGGGAGGCGGAGUCUGUAUCGACUGUCAGCAGAACACGGCCGGCAUCAACUGUGAGACCUGCAGAGACGGAUACUACAGACCUGCUGAGGUUUCUCCGUACUCAGAUUCUCCGUGUGUUGAGUGUAACUGUGACCUGAGAGGAUCAAAGUCUUCAGUCUGCGUCAGAGAUGACUCACAGCCAGGUGUGUCUGCAGGUCAGUGUGUGUGUGAGGAGGGGUUCAGCGGUCAACAGUGCAAUCGUUGUGCGUUUGGAUACAGAGAUUUUCCUCUGUGCGUUCGUUGUGAGUGUAACCUGUCGGGCAGCGUCAACACCGACCCCUGCAGCCCCUGCACCUGCAAGGAGAACGUGAUGGGAGCUCACUGUGACCUGUGUAAACCAGGGUUCUACAACCUGCAAGAGAAAAAUCAGCUUGGCUGCACUGACUGUUUUUGCUUUGGUGUGUCUGACGUCUGUGAGAGCUCCACCUGGUCCACAGCUCAGGUGUAUCAUACAGACGCUUGGCUCCGCCCCUCUCAGUCCCUCCACACACCUUCUGUCGUCCAUGGCAACGACCUCCCGAUCCCCGGCAACACCUCAUCUGGCCACACCCACCAACAGGUGCUGUCGUGGGUGGCACCUGCCAGUUUCCUUGGCAACAAGCUGGUGUCUUUCGGAGGUUACCUGAACUACUCUGUGGUUUAUGACGUCCCAUUGGACAAUGAGGACCACUCUCUCCCCGCCCACUCUGACAUCAUCAUCGAGGGUAACGGCCAGGCUUUCCGUCUCUCUCCUCCCCUCCUCCUCUUCUUGUCUCCGUUGGCCGAGCGCUCAGUUGCCGUGGCGAUGGUCCCACAGCGAUUCAUGGAUGAUCGGACGGGUGGUCAUGUGACCCGUGACGACCUGCUGACGGUCCUCACCGACGUGACAUCACUGAGGGUCAGAGUUCACCUGAACGCCUCCGCAGACGGGCCGAUACGUCUCAGCUCUGUGUCUCUGGACAUCGCUGACUCUGGAUCAGUCUCUGGGGUUCAAGCGGUUGCCGUGGAGACGUGUGAAUGUCCAUGGGGUUACAGUGGCACUUCCUGUGAGGCGUGUCUCCCAGGUUUCUACAGAGUGGGCGGAGUCUUAUUUGGCGGGAACUGUAUGCAGUGUGAGUGUAACGAUCACGCCACUGAGUGUGACGUCAACGGAGCUUGUUUGGGUUGUUCCCAUAACACCACCGGUCCUCACUGUGAUCAGUGUUUACCUGGUUUCUAUGGCGACCCGACAGAGGGAACAGCAGACGACUGCCGGCUGUGUCCAUGUCCUCUGACGGAGCCGUCCAACAGUUUCAGCCCCACCUGUGUGCUGGAGUCACCUGGUCAGGUGUCAUGUGACCAGUGUCAGGAAGGAUACACAGGGAAUAACUGUGAGAGGUGUGCCAGUGGUUACUAUGGUAACCCACAGGUAGUGGGCGGGGCCUGUGUCCGCUGUGAGUGUAACAGUAAUGUGGACAUCAGCGAGGCGGGACACUGCGACACCGCCACCGGGGAAUGUCUGCGUUGCAUCGGCAACACGGCCGGGAGACACUGUGAGGUCUGUCAGGCCGGUUACUAUGGAGACGCCGUGCACGCCAAAGACUGUCGGGAGUGUGGCUGUGAUGUCAGUGGCGCCCUCUCCAGUGUGUGUGAUGUCACAACAGGUCAGUGUUCAUGCAGAGAAAACGUGACUGGACGCACCUGUGACCACUGCCAGGUGGGGUUCUUUGGGCUGCGGAGUGGGCAGGGCUGCCGAGCAUGUGGCUGCAGCCAAUCAGGAUCUGUGUCUGAGUCAUGUGACGAGGAUGGACGGUGUCAGUGUGUGGAGGGCGUGGGCGGAAACAAAUGUGACCACUGUAGUCGUGGUUACUAUGGUUUCCAUGGCAACGGCUGCACAGCAUGCACUUGUGAUCACACGGGUGGGAACUGCAACCCAGAGACUGGAGAGUGCAUCUGCCCCACCCACACAGAGGGGGACACCUGCGACAGGUGUGAGACAGGUUACUGGGGUCACGACCCAACCAUGGGCUGCAAGCCAUGCAGCUGCAGCGCAGCAGGAAGCUCCGCCCCUCAGUGUGACCUCACCAACGGCCAAUGUCGGUGCAGGGAGGGCUUCUCUGGCAGGUCAUGUGACCAAUGUACACCUGGUUACCAUGGUUACCCAGCAUGCUCAGCGUGCGGCUGCGACAUGGCGGGAACAGAAGGGAAGUUCUGCAACACAACGCUGGGAGUGUGCAACUGUCGACACGGUGGAGUGUGUGUGUGCAAGGCAGGUGUGUCAGGUCGGCGUUGUGAGGAGUGUGUCUCUGGUUGGUUCGGUUUGUCAGCUGAGAAUCCAGACGGCUGCUCUCAGUGUUUCUGUUCAGGACUGAGCCGAGACUGUGAAGAGCAGGGAGGACUGUCCAGGGUCCCUAUCGCCCUGGCUCACCCCCCCCCUCUCCUGUCAGUGGUCAGUCAGUCUAACCUGCAGGGUGUAGUAUCUGGAGUUUACCAGCAGGGCGGCGACACACUGCUCGACACCCGGCAGCUCAACACCAGCAGACUAACCGGCCCCCUCUACUGGAGACUGCCCCCCCAGUUUGAAGGCAAACAGCUGCUGUCGUACGGCGGCCUGCUGUCUUACAUCAUCACCUUCUACGCUGAGGACGGUUCAGGACUGUCCAAUCAGGAGCCUCAGGUGCUGAUGAGGGGCGGGACUCUGAAGAAGCUCGUCAUAUAUACGGACAUGGUCGCCCCCAGCAACGGCGUCAGGACCCAGCAUGACAUCAGGAUGACAGAGGUACAGCUGCAAAGAAUCAUGGGAAACCAGAGAAACAGGAAGUCUUGUUUAAACUGGAAGCAGUGUAUUAUAAAGUGUGUGUGUGUGUGUGUGUUACAGCACAAAUGGAAGUAUUUUAACUCUGUGUCGGAGAAGGCGGUGAGUCACGCUGACUUCCUGUCCGUCCUCAGUGACAUCCAGUACGUCAUCAUCAAGGCUUCAUACGGGACCAGACUGCAGCAGAGCAGGAUCUCUAACAUCACCAUGGAGACAGCAGUGGAGGUGGAGUUAGAGCAGGGGUCAGAGGUCAGCAGGGGCGUGGCCAGACUGAUUGAGUCCUGUAUCUGUCCACCUGGAUACACCGGGCUGUCCUGUCAGGAGUGUGCUCCAGGUUAUUUCCGUCAGCCUCAGUCUGAGUUGUCGUCUCAGAGUCUGAAGUCGAUGUUCGUUCGUCCGUGUGUGCGAUGUCGCUGCAACAACCACAGUGAGACCUGCAACACAGAGACUGGAGAGUGUCAGGACUGUCAGCAUCACACCAGUGGGCGGAGCUGUGAGUCGUGUGCCCCAGGGUAUUAUGGGAAUGUCAGUGGCUCCAUUAGUGACUGUUCACUAUGUGCCUGCCCCCUACGGGACAACAGUUUCAGUCCCACCUGUGUGUCAGAGGGAGCGCUUGGUGAUUUUCGCUGCACCGCCUGUCAGGCGGGAUACGAGGGGAGAUACUGUGAGAGGUGUUCUGUCGGUUACUACGGUAACCCCUCGCUGCCUGGCAGGAGGUGUUCGCGGUGUAACUGUAGCGGGUGGGGCUCCCUCCACCCACUGUGUGACGCACUGACGGGACAGUGUGAGUGCAAGGCCGGGGUCAAAGGUCAGUCAUGUGACCAGUGCGUGGAGAGACACGUCCUGCAGGGAGGAGAGUGUGUGUCCUGUGAUGACGAGUGCACCGGCGUUCUCCUGGACGACCUCGAUAAACUACACAACUACUUCCUGUCUGUCAACAUGACCGGUGUUGCCAUGGCACCAUACCGCCAGCUGGUGGUGCUGGAGAACCAGACCAGAGACAUAAAGGUGUUUUCAAAGAACAGCUCCAUCGCUUUCCGUCUGUCUAGAGUAGAAGACGAGUUAAAUCACCUGACCUCUGACCUCAGCGGUUUACUGCAGCAGAUCGCAGGUCUGUCUGAUCACCUGGAGGAAGUGGGCGUUUCCACCAACAGCAGCCUCUCCCAGGGUGCACUGCUGCUGAGGAGCAUCAGCAGCCUGCAAGACAACAUUCAGGAGCUGCAGAGAGAGGCGGGGCUUCUGAACCACACCACAGAGGAGGAGCUUGACUCAGCCAAUCAGACACAUCUGCUGGAAGGGGUGGGGCUUAUGUUAGAAACCAUGAGAGCUGUCAAUCUGACGGCCGCCAACAUGACAGCCAAUCAAGAGCUCAGUCUGGUCUCUCUACCUCUCUCUGCAGCCGUGUCAGAGUCUCACCUCCACCUGCUGCAGGUGGACUUCCUGUCCACCAGGGCGGUGGUUGAUAACAGGCUCCGCCUCGUCUCCACUUUUUCCACUGUCGGCAUGGAAACGCUGCGAAGUGCACACACACACCUGAACAAUGCCACACAACAAAACGCACAAGCACACAUACUGCUGGACAACACAUACACUCUGCUGCAUCAGUACCAGUCUCUCCACCUGAACCUGUCCACUGUCCGUCUCUCUGUGGACGCUCUGAUGGAGGAGAGUCAGCUGCUGCUGGACGACACCGUCAGCCUGACGGAGGAGUUAACGAACUCCACCACACAGGUGGAGGUGUUGGACAGUCAGCUGGAUCAGUGGCGCCCCCUGCUGAGGAAACAGGUGGAUGGUUUGGUUAUCGGACUGAAGAUGACGGAUGCUCUGGAGAAUGUUUACCGUGCAGAGAGCCACGCCCACCUGCUGCAGAGCCAUGCCCACUCCCUGCACAGCUCUCUGUCGUCCGUAUGUAAUACGUCUCAGAACGGCAGCCGAUUGGGUCAGCUCAACAGUGACAUCACAGAGCAAGUUGACUCCGCCCAGCAAGCGGCCUCAAUCGCCCACGUCUCCGCCUCCCUCGCUCUCAACAUGAGUGUCCAAUCAGAGCAGCCGCUGUCAAAAGAGGGCGGAGCCAAACUGAACUCCAGCUCUGCAGUUUUAGACGACAGUCGCCGAAUCAGGGAGACAGCUGAAGACCUGCAGCUGCAUGUCUCCAUGGCAACCAGCAGACUGGGCGUGGUCAGAGAGAGCAUCCGGAACUCCACCCUCCUCCUCCGUCAGCCAAUCAUAGAGCUGCAGAGCCUCACUAACGGCUCAUCGGCCUCGCUGCCACAGGCUCAGCUCCAGGCUGCAGCGGCGCGCUCCAGCCUACAGGCAGCGCUGCAGCGGCUGCAGAGACUCAGAGAUCAGCUGCAGGAUUCUUCUUCUGUGGUGGAAAACACCAACAACACAGUGAGAGAGACGAACGAGCUGCUGACUCACACUCAGACUGCAGCCAAUGAGGCGCAGCGUAAGCUGGAGGAGGUGGAGCAUCGCACAGAGCGUCUGAUGGAGCGGAUAAAGCCGCUGAGCAUGCUGGGAGAAACACUGAGCAGGAACCUGUCUGACAUCAGAGAGCUGAUCGAUCAGGCCCGAAGACAGGCGGCAUCGAUAAAGGUGGCGGUGCAGGCGGACAGAGACUGUGUCCGGUCCUACAGACCUCAGAUCCAGUCCAGUAACUUCAACACACUGAGUCUGAUCCUGAAGACAUCCACUCCUAAAAACCUGCUCUUCUACCUGGGUAGCAACACCACGGUGGAUUACCUGGCUGUAGAGAUGCAUGAUGGGAAGGUAUCUCUGCUGUGGGACCUGGGUUCAGGCAGCAGCAGGUUGGAGUUUCCUGGACUUGACAUCACCAACAACAGGUGGACCAGGAUCAACGCUACACGGUUUGGCGCCCACGUCUCUCUGUCGGUCCAUCAGCUGGACUCAGAGUCGGCUCCGUUGCCAGCGGUAACAGCAACAUCACCGGGAUCGUCCCGAGUUUUAGACGUCAACAGAAACACGGUGAUCCACAUCGGAGGACUGGGACUUCACACUCAGAGCCCUGUGGCGUUGAGGUCAUCCACCUUUCAGGGCUGUCUGGGAGAAGCUUCGCUCAACGAGAGAAACAUCGGACUGUGGAACUAUGACAGCAGAGAGGGCGAGUGUGGAGGCUGCUUCAGCAGUCCUCAGGCGGAAGAGACCUCCUUCCACUUUGAUGGAUCUGGAUUCUCAUUGGUCCAAAAGUCUCUGCGUGCGACCUCCACCUCCAUUGUGUUUCUGUUUAAGACUCUGUCUCCGGGCGGAUUACUGCUCUACCUCGCCUCCAACAACACCAGAGACUUCCUGUCCAUGGAGCUGGUGGAGGGGCACAUUCGUCUGACCUUUGACCUCGGCUCAGGCGCUUUGAUCCUGACCUCCAACAGGAAGUACAACACUGGAGUGUGGUACAAGAUCACGCUGCAAAGGAACAAACGCAAAGGUUACCUGUCCAUCAUGGCUGCUGACCAAUCGUCAGAGAAGGAGGUGCUGGAGGCAGAGUCUCCCGGCAUGGCUUCUGACCUGAACCGCUCCGACCUCGACCCCAUCUACAUCGGAGGACUUCCUGCCUCCAGACCCAUCAGGCGACAGGUGGUGUCGAGGUCGUACGUUGGCUGUAUAAAGAACGUGGAGAUUGCUCGGUCCAACUUUGACCUGCUGAGAGACGCAUAUGGAGUCAGGAAGGGCUGCGUACUCAAGGCGGUGCGCAGCGUGUCCGUCCUGUCCGGAGGGUUCGUUCAGAUCACUCCUCUGUCCUUCGGUCAGGAGGCAGAGCUUCUCUUCUCCUUCUCCUCCAACAACCAAUCAGGAAUCCUGCUGGCUGCCUUCAGUGACGGCCGCUCACAGCGACAGCACUUCCUGUCAGUACACCUGGUCUCAGGUGCAUUGGAGGCGGAGUUUGGUGAGGUGGGUGGAGCCAUACGGAGGGUGACGGUAAUGAAACCUGACGGAGAAUCCUUCAGUGACGGAAAGAGACACUCUGUGAUCAUCACCAUCAACAGGAAGUCUCUGUCCCUGCAGGUAGACGAGGAUCACGGGAAGUCCGUCCCUCUGUUGCCAGGCGGAGUUUCUCGUCUGUCUCCAGCCUCCUUCUUCAUUGGUGGGCUGCCCUCAGGGGAGGAGUCCCGUCUACCAAUCAGAUUACAGGAUUUAUCCAGGUGGUUCAGAGGCUGCAUCCAACACCUGGUGGUGGGCGGAGCACUUGUCGACCUAUCAGGAGCUGUGAGGUAUGAGGGGGCGGAGCUUGACAGCUGCCUACUGGAGGCGAGGGUUGGCGGGGCAGUGCUUCCUGAUGACCAGGAUGUAGAACCAACUCCUGACCCCGCUCACCUACCAGUAGCCCCUCCCACACACCUGAGCGCCCUGACACCUGGGGCGCUAACGUGUGUGUCGGAGGCAGAGCCAAGUUUCCUGCCAUCAGCAGCUCAGUUUGGUUCGUCCAAACACAGUCACAUGACCUUCAUCAUCAACCCCAACACUGUCAGGAAGAGCGUCUUGAUGAGGUUGUCGGUUCGAAGUUGGGCUCUGGACGGACUCAUCCUCCUCCUCUCUGACUCCAAACACACUGACUUCAUUGUCCUCACACUGACGGGAGGGAAACUGGUGAUGUCAGCUGACCUGGGGAAAGGCCCCGCGUCCGUCACCUCAUCUGUCGCCGUUAACGAUGGAGCCUGGCACGCUGUGAGCGCCGAGGUCAGCCGGAGGUUGGUGUCGAUCUCAGUUGACGGUUCGAGUCCAGAUUCUGUGCCGGUUAAAGGAAACCAGCUGGAUGUGGACAACAGACUUUACCUGGGAGGAUUACCUGACACACACUCCACCAGGAGGAUCAACGUGAGCAGCAGUUUUCCAGGUUGUCUUCACUCUCUCAGUCUGAAUGGAGCCAUGUUGGAUCUGACUGAACCCGCCUCACAGCAUGAUGUCACUUCCUGUUUCACCAAAGACCAAACAGGAAGUUAUUUUCACGGCAGCGGCUACGCCAUCCUCAUGCAUGAUGGGUAUAAAGUCGGCUCGGACGUGUCGGUGUCUCUGGAGUUUCGAACCAGCCUAUCAGAGGGAGUGUUCCUGGGAAUCAGCAGUGCAAAGGUUGACGCCAUCGGACUGGAAAUGAUCAAUGGACAGGUGGUUUUUAACGUGAAUAACGGGGCGGGGCGAGUGUCAGUACGUUCGAUUGGUCAGGUGUUGUGUGAUGGACGGUGGCACCGCCUCCUGGCCAGAAAAACCAAACACACCCUGAGUCUGAGCAUAGACGGGCGGAGUUACAGCACCCCCAACCCCUACCCACAAUCCACCUCUGCUGAGACCAACAACCCUGUCUACCUCGGAGGAUAUCCAGCUGGAGUUAAACAGAACUGCCUGUCAAUCAGCUCCAGGUUCAGAGGUUGUCUGAGGAACCUGCAGCUCAUUAAGUCUCACCUGAGACACACUCUCAACCUGAGCUCCGCCCACUUCCUGUCAGGUGUCACACCUAACUCGUGUCCUGUUGCUUAGCAAUGCCCAGCCUGGCUCUGAUUGGGCCACUAAUAGGACAGAUGAUUGAUAAUUGAAAUGUUUGUAGAAACAAUUGUUAGCAGCUGAUUAUUUUUACAUUUCCAAUGUCACUGUGACUUUGUAUUCUCUGUGAUUUAACUCUGUCGACAUGAAUCAUUAAAGAUUAUCUGAUAACUAACAAACUCAGGUUCAUUCACUCCAAACAUCAGAAAAGAUUU